CGUCUUGGAAGCCACCAAAAACAUGUCGGACGCCGAGCUUCGGAAAGAGUUGCUGAAACUUGGCUUCUCGCCGGGACCGAUCACUGACAGUACGCGGGGGGUGUAUAAAAAAAAGCUUAAAAACUUAAAAGCGGGUUCUGCGAGAAGCCAGAAAAACUCUAAGGAGAGCGAGAGGGCAAGAAAAGGCCAGGAGAGCACAAGAAGUAGGCGCAGUGAACCCAUACAAAACGAAAGACAGGAUUGGGAAGAAGAGGAGGAGGAUGAAGACGAGGAGAGUUUACCUCACAGGACGAACGUGUCCGCUCGGCAGAGCCGCGCGGUAGAGAGGAAUAGCUAUGGGGGUAGCAGCAGAGUGGAAAGGGGAGAUGAUAGGUUUUACUUUGACAGCAAAAGUGUUACUUCUCCUUCCCACGUGGGGGACACAGGGCCUUGGAAGAGUGACAGGUCCUUACUGGCAGGGAGUAAUUUAACUAGAGGUACAGCUGAGCAUAGUGACUACUUAGGAUAUGAACAUAGCUCUUCCUUGGGAGGGGAGAGAAAUCCCAAAAACACAUUUGAAUAUGGUUCUUCAGGACAGGAGACCAGGUCCUCCCAGUUCAGAGAGAGGUUUCCUAAAACCACUGUUGACUAUGGUUCCUUGGGGCAGGAGGCCAAGUCCUUCCAGGAAGGGGAGAGGUUUCCUAGAACCAUGUUUGACUAUGGUUCCUUGGGGCGGGAGGCCAAGUCCUCCCAGGAAGUGGAGAGGUUUCCUAGAACCACUUUUGAUGUUGGAGGCCAGGCCAGGUUCUCCUCGGGAGGUGUAAGAUUUACAAGGAACACUGCUGAAUCUAGUGGCGUCCUGGGACAGGACCUAAGGUCAAGAUCAACAAGUGAAAGGAGUAGCUUAUCAAGUUUGCCUUUACUUAGAGAUGAGGGUAGGCAUCGCUCCAGAUAUGAGUGGGAUGCAAAUGAUGACCAUUAUCCGAGUCGACAUCCUGCACUAAGUAAACCAAAUUGGAGUAGAGCUCUGGAAUAUUAUUUGUCCAAACUGGUGAGGGUACUGUCAGUAGGCCUGUUCAUCGUCUUCUUUGGUAUUCUCAUUAUGAAGAGUGGGAUAUUUUACAAUACACAGCAGGAUGACAUCAAACUCAUUCCUCCUGACUGCGAAGGCAAACAUGAUAAGUAUUGCCAAGUCAUGCAAAAGCAAAUUAUUCUCCAAAUCCUUUCAGAGCUGUAUAAUUUUCUGUCAUUAGAGGCUGGUAACUUUGAGUGUGGAAACCCUUCUGGUCUAAGCAGCAAGUGUAUACCAAUUAAGAAGGCAAAAGAACAUGUAUUGGUAAGUAGCAGUGAGGACUUGUCCCACUGCUGGCUGCUGGGCAGGGAUGAACACUUAGGCAUAUGGGCGAAAGGUGAAGAUGGCGAAAUUGUCACCACAAGCUCCCUUGUCUUCUGUGUUGAGUCCUCAAGGCCACAUCUUGGAAUCUCUUGUCGAAUGAUAAAUGCGCUUUACACGGCUAUUUCUAACCUUUUCCUGGCCCUUUUUGGUGUCUUUGUUCUCUGGUUACUUUUGAUCUACUUGCGCUAUCACUGGAGGAAGUUGGAAGAGGAAGAAAAACAGAUGUUUACUAUGGUCGGGAAAAUAAUUGAUUUUGUUAAACAUCACUAUAAAGACUAUCAGCAGGGAAUCGAACAGAACCCAUACAUUGGUAUUUCACAUGUCAGAGAUAUGCUUAUAAUGCCUCAGGACAGGAAACGCUUAAAGAAAGUCUGGGAUCGUGCUGUGCAGUUUGUGGAAGAUAAUGAAUCUCGUUUUCGAACAGAAUCGCAACGGGUAGCUGGAGCAGAUUUGCUGGUGUGGCGCUGGACCCAAGCAAGAUCUUCACUAACUUUGUCUACAUGGGGCAAAUAG